UGGUUAGUUCGUCGUGGAAAGUUGAAGAGAGCAGACGUGUACCAUGUCUGAGAGUUUUAAACUUGGUGAUCUUGUGUGGGCCAAGAUGAAGGGAUUCAGCCCUUGGCCCGGCCGGGUAGCCAUUCCUACUCCGGAGCUUAAGCCUCCCAAGAAGGCCACAAACGCCCAAUGUAUCUACUUCUUCGGCACCAACAACUAUGCUUGGAUCGAAGACAACAACAUCAAGCCGUACCAGGAGUUCAAGGAGCAACUGAUCAAGUCCUGCAAGACUGCUGCCUUUAAGGAGGCAGUCAACCAGAUUGAGGAGUUCAUUGUUAGCCCGGAGAAAUUCGGUGACCUGGACGACCAUGCUCGCAAUGCUGAGGAGGAGUUUGACAAGUUGAAGGAUGUGUUGGAGGAAGAUGAGAACCAGGAGGAGAAACCAGCUGAUGAGGAGGUGGCUGGACCUGCCUCUGAACCCACAACUUCUAAGAAGAAGAGUGCUACACCUAAGAUACGUUUGGGCAUUUCUAAGGUGAAGCCUAUUAAACGGUCGUCGUCUGCCGGGACCAAGUCGACGCCCCGCAAGAAGAGCAAGGGAAUGUCUCGCUCCUACACGGACAUUGAUGCAGCCAAUGAGAAGCCCUCGAUGCUGAACCAUUCUUUCUCCAAGAAGUCCAGCCUGCUUCAUCGUCCUUCUAACAUUCUGCGUCCUGACACUCCACCCCUGGACUUGGAGAAUGUGUCAGAGACUCUGCUGGAGAAGAACAUCCAAGCCAGCCAGAUGAAGUUCGGCUUCCUUGGCCUGGGCAUCAUGGGCAGCGGAGUGGUGAAGAAUCUGCUCAACUCCGGACAUAAGGUGGUCAUCUGGAACAGAACUGCUGCCAAGUGUAAAGACUUCGAGAAGGUGGGAGCGACGCUGGCGACGACACCAUGUGAUGUGGUGGAGGAGGCAGACAUCACCUUUUCAUGUGUCGCAGACCCUCAGGCAGCUAAAGAGAUGGUGUUCGGUAACUGUGGCGUACUGCACUGUCCGUCCCUGGAGUCUAAAGGCUACGUGGAGAUGACGUCGAUAGACUCCGACACGUCACACGAUAUUGUCGAGGCUAUCAGCGGGAAGGGAGGCCGAUAUUUAGAAGCACAGAUCCAAGGCUCAAAGACGCAAGCAGAAGAAGGCACGCUGAUCAUCCUAGCAGCGGGCGACCGGUCUCUGUUCGACGACUGCCAGUCGUGCUUCAAGGCGAUGAGCAAGAACUCCUUUUACCUUGGUAGCGAUAUCGGCAACGCGUCGAAGAUGAACUCCGUGCUGCAAGUGGUGGGCGGCGUGUCGCUGGCGGCGCUGGCCGAGGGCCUGGCGCUGGCCGACCGCGCCGGCCUCAACCAGGCCGACCUCCUCGACGUACUCGCACUCACGCCGCUCGCCUCGCCACACCUCAUACUCAAGGGACGAGCGAUGAUAGAAUCCUCGUACUCGACCCACCAGCCCCUGAUGCACAUGCAGAAGGACCUGAAGCUGGCGCUGGGGCUGGGCGACACGCUGGAGCAGUCGCUGCCGCUGACGGCCACGACCAACGAGAUCUUCAAGCACGCCAAGCGGCUCGGGUACGCCAACCACGACGUCGCCGCCGUCUACAUCCGCGCGCGCUUCUGAUCGCCCGACGGCCCGGGGCCUUGCACUCUGUACGCACCGACACUACCCACGACCUCGCCACGCAAUCAAUGACUUCCAUUCUUCUAAUAUUUGUGAUCCAAGCCACUUUUGCAGAAUACGUAAAGCUGACAUAGUCACUAGGACUAGCUCAGCAAUGGAACUAGAAGGGCCUUUGUCCAGCUAUGGGAUAACAAACAAAUUGUGUCUGUUUUCUAGACAUAAUUUACACAACGUUAUGUGAGUUAGCAUAUAACCUAAAUUAGUGUCAUGUAUCCUGUAAAAGUUGCUUCAAAAUACUUGUGUAUUUUUAGGUCGUCGAAUCAUUUAAUAUAAUGAUUUUUUAUUGGUAUUCUGUACUCAGUUUUAAAAGAUGAAUUGAUUUACCUGAUGGUAUUGAUGAUUAGUGAUUUGUGCAUUUGAAUCGAGGAAAAUCACAGGGUACGGUUAUUGAAUAUUUUACUUCAUUAUGUUUUAAAAUAAACACUUUCUUUAUUUAUUAUUUUAAUUAGUCUCAUAAUCUCGGCUCUAACGUUGCAAUCAAAAUAAAUAUUUUUAUUAAUAAAUUGCUUUGUGAAUAGAAAAUCGAAUGACCAAUCUCUUCCGCUAAUCCAUGUUUAUAAUUUUAUGAAAGAACUCUCAUAUUGAUCAAAAGAAUUCUCAAUUGUAUCUUUCUGUGUGCUGUGUCUACAAUAAACUGUACGAGGGUGUAGAAGUGAGAAUCGUGUGAUGUAGUGUACCCAGAAACUGAUGUGUAGGACUUAAUGCGUUGUCUUACAGCGUGUGUUAUAUAUAAGUGUUUCAUCACAGGGUGGGCGAGGAUAGCUCUCUCACUCACAGACUGACUGACUGUAUACUAUACUCAUCAUAUCUUCACCUAAUCCUGAUUUACUUGUGCUCAGCGCAAUAUGACUUCUUCCACUCUCCCUUUAGCCGAAAUAAUUUCCUUUACUUGACUACACCACACAAUAGUCAAGAAACUAUCCAAUACAUGAUGAGUGCCACUGUGACUUGACGGAGCUAUAGUCUCCACUCUGUGCUACUUACAACUACAUGUGCAAAUAUUUUAAUCAGAUUAUAUUAAUAUAAUAGAAAUAAUGAGAACAAGUAACUGCACAAUGUUGCAAUCACAUAUUUAUUGUGUUUUAGAGUAACAAACAUGUACGACGAUUAUUGUAUUAGCAAGUUAUAAGAUUAUGAAUACAUUAGCCGUUCAGAAAUAGAUGUUGUAAACCUCAGGAUAAUUUGAUGUUCGUAGUAGUGAGUAGUGAUCUCUCGCUGUGACAGAGCCGCAAGCGUCCCGCGUAGCAACAUUCAAUUAACUUUAUUGUGGAAAUGUUAAUAUAAGACAAUUUAUUAGUUAAGUCACAAUGCAACCUCUGUUUAUUUCAAUAAACGGUUUACAUUAA